UUCCCAAAACACCCCACCCUCUCUGUCACUCCUUCAAAUGAAUCCCAAGUUCCAUGUUCUCUCACUUCUCUCUCUCUCUCUCUCUCUCUCUCUCUCUCGUCUCUACCAUUUCUGUUAACACUUAACAGAGCUCACACAUACAAGGACGCACACAAGAGCCUUCUUCUUCGUCUUCAUGGAGCUUCACAAGCGCCACGUCCACAGCCUCUCCGAGAGGAAGGGCCAGAAGCGCAAGCUCGAUGACCAGCUCCAUGCCAACCGCCAGAUCUCGCCGCCACCGCCAACGGCCGACGAGCGCGCCGCUAUCCUCUGCCAAGCCUCUGAGCAGGUCCGCGUCCUUGACUCCACCUUCACGUGGAACGAAGCCGAUCGAGCUGCCGCUAAGCGCGCCACUCACACGCUCGCCGAUCUCGCCAAGAACGAGGAAGUUGCUAACGUGAUUGUCGAAGGAGGCGCUAUUCGAGCUCUGGUUAGGCACCUUCAGGCGCCACCUAUCGGCGACGACGACCGUGUGCAGAAGCCGUUGCCGUUUGAGCAUGAGGUUGAGAAAGGGAGCGCUUUCGCACUAGGACUACUUGCCGUCAAGCCAGAACAUCAACAGCUCAUUGUUGACAGUGGUGCCUUGAUUCAUCUUGUUGAUCUUUUAAAGAGGCAUAAGAAUGGUUUAACUUCUCGUGCCAUUAAUAGUCUCAUUCGUAGGGCUGCAGAUGCCAUCACUAAUCUUGCUCACGAGAACAGCAGCAUUAAAACUCGUGUCAGGAUGGAAGGUGGAAUUCCACCACUUGUUCAUUUGCUUGAAUUUGCAGAUCCAAAAGUACAAAGAGCAGCUGCUAGUGCACUGCGAACCCUGGCUUUCAAAAAUGAUGAAAAUAAAAAUCAGAUCGUUGAAUGCAAUGCUCUUCCAAAUCUAAUUCUAAUGCUUCGCUCUGAAGAUGCAGCUAUUCAUUAUGAAGCGGUUGGUGUGAUUGGAAAUCUGGUUCACUCUUCCCCUAAUAUAAAGAAAGAAGUUCUUCUUGCUGGAGCUUUACAACCAGUUAUUGGAUUACUUAGCUCGUGCUGCUCUGAAAGCCAGAGGGAAGCAGCCUUGUUACUUGGGCAGUUUGCAGCAACUGAUUCAGAUUGUAAGGUUCAUAUUGUACAGAGAGGUGCUGUCCAGCCAUUGAUAGAGAUGCUUCAAUCUCCAGAUGUACAACUCCAAGAAAUGUCUGCCUUUGCGUUGGGGAGAUUAGCCCAGGACACACAUAACCAAGCUGGCCUUGCACAUAAUGGUGGCUUGGUGCCAUUGCUGAAUCUUCUUGAUUCAAAAAAUGGGUCUUUGCAACAUAAUGCUGCUUUUGCUCUUUAUGGUCUUGCAGAUAAUGAGGAUAAUGUGUCCGAUUUUAUUAGGGUUGGUGGAGUUCAGAGGUUGCAGGAAGGAGAGUUUAUCGUUCAAGCAACUAAAGAUUGUGUUGCAAAGACAUUGAAAAGAUUAGAAGAGAAGAUUCGUGGCCGUGUAAGCACAUUGCACAUUCACAUGUUAUUGUUUCUUGUAUAAACUAGUUUUGAGUUCGUUCUAAUUUGAAGCUGACUAUCUGUACAUGCAGGUCUCGAGUUGCUUAUUGGGCUUCUUGGCUCAUCUGGCUCUAAGCAGCAACUUGAUGGUGCUGUUGCUUUAUGCAAGUUGGCCAACAAAGCCUCAACUUUGUCUCCCAUGGAUGCUGCCCCCCUUUCUCCAACACCACAGGUAUAUUUAGGGGAGAAGUUUGUAAACAAUGCCACGUUGUCAGAUGUUACAUUUUUGGUUGAAGGCAAACGGUUUUAUGCUCACAGAAUAUGUCUACUAGCGUCUUCAGAUGCAUUUCGUGCAAUGUUUGAUGGUGGUUAUAGGGAGAAGGAUGCAAAGGAUAUUGAGAUUCCAAAUAUUAGAUGGGAAAUUUUUGAGCUGAUGAUGAGAUUUAUAUAUACUGGAUCAACUGAAAUCACUCUGGAUAUAGCUCAAGACCUUCUCCGAGCAGCUGAUCAAUAUCUAUUAGAAGGACUUAAGAGGCUCUGUGAAUACACAAUUGCAAAGGAUAUAUCACUGGAGAACGUGUCAAGUAUGUAUGAACUUUCAGAAGCAUUUAGUGCAGUAUCAUUGAGGCACUCGUGCAUCCUUUUUAUAUUGGAGCAAUUUGAUAAAUUGAGUGCAAGGCCUGGGCACUCUCUUCUGAUUCAGCGUAUAAUACCAGAGAUUCGUAAUUACUUCAUUAAAGUUCUUAUGAAGACCAACUCCCGUAACAUUCGACUGUAACUUGCAGUCAUUCCAUUCUUGACUUCUAACCAAUUGUGAUGUACAGAAUGUUGUAGAUGUUCCUCUUUGUUGAAGCUGGGAAGGGGGGCCUCCCAUCUGGUAUAGUCGUAUAGUGGUAUACACAGCUUGGGUAGAUGAGAUAAUCCCAUUCCUGAGCUCUUCAUUUUUUCUUCAGUUGUGUAAGCCCCUUCCUGCCUGUAACUUCACUGUCAUAGAUUUAGCAAAUAUUUAGCAAAUAUAACCUUCACGAACGUUGUUUUUUGUCUCGCAAUAUUGUGAUGGUUAUAUUCUCUGACUUCAAUUUCUCAAUUAAUUCUACAUCCAGGGAACUAAAAUUGUUGAUGAGUUAAUGAUAUAGAUGUAAUAAUAUUUUAAGCCAA